AUGGUUGGGCACACGGUUACUCUCGCCUCUGGCAAGAAAAUGCCUCUUGUGGGCUUAGGUCUCUGGAAAGUCCCCAAGGAAACUGCUGCAGAUACAGUUUUCAAUGCUAUCAAAUCUGGCUACAGACUCUUCGACGGCGCCUACGACUAUCAAAACGAGAAGGAGGCUGGUGAAGGAAUUCGUCGUGCCAUUUCUGACGGCCUGGUGACUCGCGAGGAAAAUUUCAUCACCACAAAGUUGUGGAAUAACUAUCACCGUCGUGAGCAUGCGCUAGCUAUGGCGAAAAAUCAGAACGAGUCUUGGGGUCUUGGAUAUAUCGAUCUAUUCCUGAUGCAUUUCCCUUGUGCUUUAAAGUAUAUCGAUCCGGCGGUCCGCCAGUACCCAGCUUGUUGGAUGGAUGAUGCCGGCACCAUUCAAGCAGACAAUGUUCCUAUCCGUGAAACCUGGGAAGCAAUGGAAGAGAUCGUCGACAACGGCAUCGCGCGCAGCAUCGGCGUGAGCAACUUCCAGGCACAAUCGAUCUACGACAUCCUCACCUAUACCCAAUACCCACUCUCUUCCCUUCAAAUCGAGCAUCACCCCUACCUUAUUCAGUCGAGCUCAUCCAGUCGCGCAAGAGAACGGCAUCGCACUUCGGCCCCCAAUCCUUCGUCGAGUUACCGAAUAAAUUCUCCAAAAACGAAGGAAAUCCCGCUGCUCUUUGAUGCCGAGCCUGUGAAGAUUCUGGCAGCUAAAUACAAAGCCACCCCUGUGCAUGUCCUACUUCGAUGGGCUAACCAGCGGAAUGUUGCUGUUAUUCCAAAGUCGAAUAAUCAGACGCGGUUGGCGGAGAAUUUGGAUGUGCUUGGAUUUGAUAUGACGGAGGAUGAAUUGAAGUCUAUUUCUGCGCUUGACAAGGGAUUGCGAUUCAAUGAUCCUGGCUUCUAUCUUCCCAAUCAUCCGAUUCGGAUCUUUGCGUAG